GUGUUUGCAAGUCUGCACAAAAAGGCUGCAGUAAGUGCAGGACGCGUCGUGCCUUCCUCGCCAAAGCUCCAAGCUUGCAAUCUUCACUCAACUUCUGCUUCUUCCACCCUUCGUUCCUUCAUUCUCACCAUCCCAACUUCGCCAACAUGGCGGUACCUGGUAUCAAGACUUUCUUUCUCGGCUCUGAAGAGGCCAAGCAAGCUCUAGGCGAUGACCGCCGUUGGGGCGUCCGCUCCUCACUGAUGCGCGUCAAGAAUCCAGACAAGGUUGGCUUCAACACUUAUGAGCCAGCUCUAAGAGACCGUCCAAACUGCACUUACCUCGACGUCAAGAAUCCUCCUGCCAGUCCGUUCGACUGCGCCGAGGACGGCUCCGGAAGCGGAGUCUAUGGUCUGUCCAAAGAGUGUACCGUGUGCUCGCCUCAGUUCUUCCCAGCUUCCAUGGGCGCCAAUGACGGCCAGGCUGAAGAAUUCAUCUCGACAGUCGCCGAGAGCAUCAAGAUCGACCUUGCCUACCUUCGCGACGCAUUGAGCAAACAUGCCGACUUGAUCGUCUCAAGAUGGAAGAAGAAGUCUCCAGCCAAGCGCUUCACUUUCCUCACCACCAAUACAACUUUGCUCGACAAGAGAUGGGCUGCUGUUCACCUGCUCGAUCGCGUCGGAGUUCCAGACCGCCGCUAUAAAGGCGAACGCAACGUCCCAAAAGUCCGCACUGUCUGGACUAAGGAAGGCAGCUGGCAGAUGAACCUCGAGAUGCACACGUCUCAAUCGAUCAAAGACGCCGAUCUUCGCGACAAGACUCUGGCAUCACACUGGGACUCAUGGUUCUUACCUUAUCUCGAUGCUCAAACACUUUCAGAAGAUCCUACCCUCUUCCUCAGCUUGUUGCAUCAUCGCACCAUCAACGACCCGGAGAAGUGGAUCAUGUUUGAUAAUGCUCACAUCGUGCUCGCCGAGCAUUUCGGUAUAAUGUCAAGCAUCUUCAAUGAAAACUGCGUUGUCAUGCAAGGUCCCGACUACGGAAAGCUGGUCAAGUGGAAUGCUGAGCAAGCCCAUCGUUGGGAGAUUGUUGGUUUCACCAAGGCCCAUGUUAUUCUCUCGGCUCAAAAAACGAUGAUGACUCUACUGAGUAACUGCGUGAAGUCCCUGCUCGCCGGCUCCGACACGCCUCUCACGCUCGAGAUCCACCCCAAUUGGGACCGCAUGAUCGCCGCCAGCUUCUACAGAUUUGAGGCAGAGUUCCUUUGGUCCACCGACUUUGCAAAGCCCUACUCCCAGCCUCCGACCUUCGACCCUCGCGAAGUCGCCGGACUCAUCACGUCACGUCAUCGCGUGACACUUGACGAACUGGAUCUUCUCCAGACAGAUUCUCAAUAUGUUCAGUCGUUGGCAAAGGAAAUUUCCGCUUGCUUGUUCUUCGAGACCUGGCGCCAGGAAGAUAUCAUGCCAUGGAUCAUCGACUACCUCUUCUGGGAGACCAUGCAUCGUGAAUCUUAUUGGCGACAGCUGGUCGCUGAGAGCGACUUGAUGAUCAGAUACCUUGGCAUUCUAGAGAAGUACCCAUCCCGAGCUAGUAAGCAAGAGUACGAUCAGGCUGUCUUCAUCGUCUUUGAUCUUUGCAUCGAGACUUUCGCGUGCUUCGAGCCACAAGUCCGAGGAGCUACGAUCGUUCAGAGGGGCUUUGAACGUAACUUCGAGUUCAAAGGCAGUGCAAAGGUGGUGUCCACUAAUCGAUCCUUCACUCCGCGUGACUGGUUCACUGAUGAUCUUCUCUAUUGGAGCACUAACUCACUGGGUUACGACGAAGAUCGACCUUUCACCAUGGACCCCUCCUUCAACUUUGCCAUCAUCGACAAUCUGUGUCGUACUGAUCCCAAAGAGGCCGGCCGAAUCAGUCAAACAAUGCUUGAUCGGCUCUCCGACAUGGCUAUAUUAAGCGAGAUAAUCACCAGUAUUCGUUCAGAUACCAUUCGCGAUCGUUCUGUCAUAGGGGGAGUGAUCAAAGUGAUCAAAGCGUCCUCUACGUCUCCAGAUGACUGGAUCAAGAAGAUCAACGCUGGCAGAGGACCGGCUCUGGGCGACACGCUAGGUCCUGAGCUGCGACAACUUCUCCAGAAGUUUCCAUGGCCUCGUGGUAAAAAGGGUACACAAUGGCUUCGCGACGCCAACGCCUCCCGAGCUUGUCUGACUAAGAUCUGGGAGCACUUCAAGGUCCUUUGGUCCGAGGACCUGACAAAGGCUGGUGUCAGUAAGAAGUUGAUUGAUAAGGAUAUGCAAGUCCUUUGCGCAACCACUACGCAGCGCUACAAAGACGAGCUGGAGGCCGAAAGGCAGUGCAUUCGUCAAGAGCUCUUCUCCCAGAAGAUUGCAUCGAGACAACCUGUUCAGCAUGAGGCCCAGACAGUCUGGGGCAAGGAGAACGAUCCCGGCACGGCUUUCGUUAUGAGACCAAAGACAAAGACCGCUCUGGCCGACACUGCCAAGCCUGAUCCUGUCAUGACAACCACCGCAUCCAUCCGCGAGAUCACUGCGCUACCAACAUUUAACUUCGUCAAGCAAGAUAAUCUGGUCGUGUUCCAACACAUGUACCCCGAUAGCGGUGCAGAAGCUCAACGCAGUUUCUCAUGGCAGCACUUCUUGGGCGCUAUGGUCGAUGCUGGCUUCACCAUUCUGCAGAGUCAGGGUUCAGCUGUUACCUUGAGACGCGAUGGCGACGAAGAUGAUUGCGGCGUCAAUACAAUCGUGCUGCAUCGCCCUCACCCUACGCCUACCGUCAAUCCGGUGAUGCUGAGACGUAUGGCAAAGAGAUUCGAGAAGUGGUUCGGCUGGCACAGGGAGAUGUUUGUGGAGAGAUUGAAGUAGACAUUUUCGUACGGAAGUAGUAUGAGGAUGCGUUUAUGGGGAAUGAGAGAUGAUG